AACAACAAGAAGCAAUUAUCAGUAUUAAAUUCAGUUAGUAAGUUGGAUCUUCAUCUAUCAGAAGUUCUCCUUCUAGCCUGAGUUGACGAGUGUUUCUUGUUGUAAGAACUGAACAACUAGAAGAAAAUGGACGUUGCUCAGCAUCACAUGCGCGAGAGUCUCGCGCAGAUGCGCGAAUCUCUUAGGCAGUUGGAGGAGUUCGGUGAACAGUAUGAGGAACUUGAGACAACCUUGGAAUCGUUGCCUUUGAAACUCAAACACGAAGCGAUGAUUCCCUUCGGCAAGGGGCUCUUUUUCGAGGGCCAGAUCGAGCACACCAACGAAGUCGUGAUGCAUCUAGGCGACAGUUACUAUGCAGAAAGAACAGUACCCCAAGCUCUGAAGACGAUUCGAGAGAGGAAGAGCGAAAAUGAAAAGUUAAUCGCGGCACAAUGCAAAGCGAUUGAGAAUCUGGAAGCAGAAGAGAAAUUGAUGCUACAAGAACUUGGACAUGGGUCUAAGUCUUCAAUAAAGACAUCUAGCUCAUCGGCUUCUUCUAGUAGCGGCGCCGCAGCUGGUUCAUUAAAUGAACACAAUCACAAACCUGUAGUGGGGAGUAAGAUCAUGGAAAGGGAAGUCGAAGUUCCCUCGGUGGUUGCGACUUCAUCAUCAGCGACAUCGAAAGAAGGAGUAGUGGAGCGGCUACUCCCAUCGGAGGAAGACGGGGAACAGAUCGAGAUUGAAGAAACAGAAGAAGAAAGCCUACGAGCCGCGGCAGCAGCACUUGAAAAUGACUUUGUUUUAGACGAGAGUAGUGCAACUAGUACGACAGCGCCGUCCUCUAAGACUAAGUCCCCAGAAUCUGUCGCGGCAGAACUGGACCUGAUAGCACAAAAGCUCGGAAGGGAAAUAUCUGGUUCUACUUCUAGCUUGAUGAAGAAACAGGAAGCAGAGCAAUCAACAAAUAAAACGAGAAGUGCUCUAGAAGUCGAAAAGAACGACUAUUCGCCGUUAGAUCUUUUGCGGCGUUUGGAGGAAACCGAGCGGGCGCUACUCGAAGCCGCAGAGGAGGAGGAGGAAAAAGCGGCUACAACAGGAGACAAAGAGCGAAUUGUUGGUGAGCAUCUUUCUGAUGGUGGGAGUUUUUGUCUCAGUGGUGCAGCAAGUGCUGGACAGGGAGGAUUCGGCGAUGAUAUACUGCUCGACGAAGCUAAUGCGCCUUCCGGUAAUAUCGUUCUCAGAGCAAAUGCAGACGAUAAAAGGGGUGAAGAGGAAGUCGACGAGGAGGAGAUAGCACAUGAGCGGGAGCUUCAAGCGCGUCUUUCUCAUCUCCAGUCAUCAGUCUUGGCACAGAUGUCCUCCACCGAGGGAAGCUGUAUCACAUCCAGAACUAAUACUACCGACCCGCAGGAGGAUAAACAUCUUCCCCAGUUGCCGACUUCGCGUGUGAAACUUGCUCCGGGUGUCGACAGGCGCAAGAUGGGCACAGUACGACACGAUUCUGAGUUGCGAAAAGCCGAGGUAGAGGAACGAGCAAAGUUGAAGGAGGACGAAAACUACCGAAAAACAAAAGCCAUCUUGGAGGUAGGCGAUAAAAAAGUUCCAGCAAAAGUGUUGGACCUUCUGUCCGAACGAAAAAAACACGACAACAUGAUACCACGAACAAUUUUAGGAAGCGGCGAAAAUGCAAUUGCAAAUCAGAAUCCUUGUAAUGAUGAGAGCCGCGCUACUAGUGGUGCCAGCAGUGGUACGAUCAUGUUUAGGCCGACCCCAAGAACAUCAGCAACAAACUUGUCAGAAAGAUCAUCGGGAAAUGAAAUGACUCCGCUAAUCGAGGUCAUUUCUGAAAGUCCCGCUGAGCCUGUAGAUUGUAAAGCGUUCUCCUCCUCCUCUUCGCCACCCAAAACAAAUUAUCGGGAGGACCUUCAAGUCACUAGUGCUACUGCAUCCUGCGCUUCUUCGCUUUCUUGUAGAGAUGCAGACGAUCAGAAGAAAGAAAACGAAAAUAUUUGCGAUCAUGAGGCGUAUGCGGAACUAGAUGCAGGCAGUACACCAGUAGCACAACUACCACAGCAAGUAGCAGUAGAUGAGACCUCGCCUAAAAAAGAAAACGAUGCGCUUCUAGAACAACAGGUAGAAGAAAGCGCUGCGCCAGCGAAAAGCCAACCUUUUUCGUAUUCUUCCAAAGCUAUGCCUAGAAAUGGAAUCAUGAAGAAGAGCUCUAGUACAUCCUCCAUGUGUGGCACGACCAAUAGUCCCGACAAUACGGACGGUAUUGGUUCUGGUGGCACUUCUACAGGAAAAUCAACAGAAGUGUCUGGAGCUGGAUCUUCUUCGGCUAAAACUGAAGGAAAUGGACAACAGCAAAACACUGCAUCAACUUCUUCUGGUACCACAACUAAGUUAAGCGUUUCAUUUGCACCCCAACUUGAAUCCACUAUCGCCAUUGAGUGUCGAGAGGAGGCGCGCGCCUUCUAUCCACCCCCAGAAGAAGAGUACCACUACGAUGACGACUGGUUCUUUCACCCGACGCCACAAGGCGCAGGCGGCUCUUUGUUUACCUCUCUAGCCGAAGAGAGUGAGGGGGACCAUGACGACUACAGCUGCUUCGACCUAGCUCCGCGACGCCGUACUAUCUACGCAGGAGGUGGUCGUGGGCAGCAUUAUGGUCACCAUGAUCAACACGACCCCAAGGAAGGGCUUGUUUACAGCCAUGACCACGACCAGAUGCGCGAAGAUAUCAACAUGAGUAGAGGUGGUGUUGAUGAUAGACAACAACAAGAUCAUAGUUUUCACGACCAUGGAGAACAAGACCAUCAUGACGAUGACGAGCCACGAAGCGGUGACUGGGGUCAUAGUGACGACUGUUAUCGUCAAGUGCAACUCCACCACCCAGCACCGACCAGCACAGCAAACUUCCAUAACGGAGGUCAUCCCCUGCUCUCUUCCACCUCGCCAGCCCCCUUCGACGACGAGCUUUUCAACUUUGGCUCCCAAUUUUAUCAAGAUCACGACGAGUACCGAGAACAAGGAAACGACGAAGCAGGCAACACUCAUGUUACAUCUUCAUCUGGUCGUCGUCAAAAUGCUGCACCUAACAGUGGAGUGGACCAUCAUCAACCUCAACGAGUUAUCAGAGUAGGAGACGAUGAUGAGCCUGACAACUUCCUUCAACGGAAUACAUCUGCCUUGUCCACUUCGUCAACUGCUGAAGAUCUGGACAGAGGUACUGCGAAUCAACAACACCUCUUUCAACAUUUUGGGGGAGCCACCAGUUCGACUGCGAGCAGAAGUGCAGCCUCGGCUUCUAGUUCAUCCAAUAGUGUUAAUCUACUGAUGGAGAGGAGGACCGUCGACGAGGACGACCAUGAUUCCGCAGAUGAUCGAUUGUUGCAAGCCGCGAACAUGAUUAGUAGACCGUCUAGCUGCGCACCUGGACCUGACUUUCAAUCUGCGGAAAAUUCUGCUUGGGUACAAUCCUUAACGCAAAAUAAACCUGGCAAGAAAAUGUCAAAGUUUAAAUUGGAACGCCUCGAAAAACAGAGACUACUUCAACAAGAACAGGGUGGUGCGUAAAUGUUUGUGUUAGAAUUAUACAAGAGCAGGAAGAGAUAAAGUGACUCGCGUGAAAUUUUCCCGCUCAACAAGAGCAAACAAUAGAAGUUGUCACAAGUAAGUAAAUACUUGAAGAACGUUUAGAAAUACAUCAUGAACUGCUACAGUAGUUCAUAUUGUAUUCACCUGAUUUUCCUCUUCAACCCCUUUUCUUCGGACUUCCUACUUGCUUCGCUGUUGCGUUUUUCUCUUCCAUGAAUACGACGAGGACGACUGAUGUAUUUGCACUUUCAGAUUGUUCACAUGAUUUUUCUGGCUGAAAGUAUAUCCAAAUCGGUAGUAUGUGUUUGAUGAGCGAGAGAAGUGGGCACUUGUGGUGUCAUCUAGUACCAGACAACAUUGGUGCGAAGAAAUACCGACACGACCACUGCCGCUGGUAACUACUUAGAUGAAAUAUCGAAAACCAUUUCUACCACGCACUAGCACGUUUAGGUAGGUGGAUCGACUUCGACCCUACUUUAGUAUAAAAAAUUGUUCGCGUACCAGUAUAAAUACUUGAAUGGUAUUGCCGGCACCAGUAAUUAUAGGCCGAGGAGAUGUUAUUCUGCUUCCUUUUCUUUCUCGUCUACCGUAGUUUAGAUCUACUCAAGUGAAACCAGUGACAACGAUCGCGCUACCUAGAUUAUGAAAGUGGGGACUUGAUCCAAGAAGUGGGGACUUUUAGAUGCAAACUGCACUACUUUUGGAGUCUAGGAUGUGGAUAUGAAGAGCUAGGUAAUCACGCAGAGUUCACCCUUAGGGUUAGAAGAGGCGGUCAGUGUUGUUAUACAUGAGAAGUAAAUCUUCAUGAUAUUUGUAUUCAUCUGUUGCUCUUGGUACUGCGACAGUAUAAAUCUCAUAAAUUUGCUCCAUCAACAUUUGUAACCUCUGAGUCCGUCUUGCUCGCCCACGAAGAGAGGUUCGUUGUCACAUGGCGGCUCGUCUAACUCUAAAUUUUACUGGUAAAAAAGCAUGUUGACGUCAAGUGCGUAUUGCUUCGAUGCAGCUGCUUACCGAAGGGCUUUACUUUGUCGUGACCACGUUGGGCUUCAUUUAUUUUCAUUUUUCUUCCAUCAGACUAGCUAGUAGAAGUAUGAUUCGCAUUCGCGUGCCAGCUCACAAAUACCGGACGAACAACAACUGUAGUCGGUCGUGCGCAUUUUAUUCCCUUUGUUUUUUAGAAGAGGAGCAGAGCCGCGUUGAAGUUUAAUUGGAGUACAUGAAGAAAAACAAAGUUACUGAGAUGGAUAAAAACAGCGUUCCAUCUUCUAGAGCUGUGUGCUACAACUUUUGUAUUAAGCUCAUUCAUCUUCAUCAAGAGGAUCAACUUCUACAUUGACUUGGAGGCGUCGUCCAGUUUAUAUUUCGCUGUUCUCUACUUCCUCUACUUCAUCUUUACUGAUAGACCCAGCAGCCCAGACCCAUGCUGCAUUGAUAACGGCAACCGCGCUCUGAAGCAGUCUGCAACCGUUGAUUGAUUUGUCCCCAUGAUCUUCUCCUCUGCGGUCGCGAGUGUGUUGAAGACACACUCGAAUUAUGAUCAUCUUUAGACAAUUGUUGUAGGCCCAGUGCAUUAUACCCUGUAGUUAUCUCCGAUCCAUCCAGCCCUUUUUGAAGCUUAUGUUGCUUCUACAGUACGACUCACCUUCAGACUACAUUAGCAUCGAUCACAUGAUUGAUGAACUACCACGCAUAUGAGUGUGACCCACUUAAAAACACACCGACACAUCCUACACCAACACAUCCAUCAGAUUUGAAAUCUAAGAUCAUUAAUGCACGUUCACAUGUCCACGCCUGGUCGUGACCCGUCGGAAGGAC